UCCUCUGGUAUUACACUGCCUUUGCUCGGAUUCAAAACACGAUGGAAAAAAAAAAAACAAUUUAAAAAGAAUGCUGAACUUGGUGACUGACACAAGAGAAAUUCUAUCCGGGUGUGCUUUUCUACAUGAAAUGCUACUCCAAUUGCAAAAACAUUCCCCGUGCAUCCAAAGCUGCACAGGAACAACCUCCCGACUUCAAACAUUCCAGCGUCGUCUCCAUAAAAGACCAUGCAGCUGAUUUUCUGUCGGCUCCGAACUCACCAGUGGUGUUUUAUGCUCUUCAACGUGGCCCUUUUCCAUAUUUUGCUCUUCGGAGCCGAUCUCGUGGAAGAAUAUUUCUUACAAGCCAUCCCCACCACUUACACGGAUACCAAAGUCCUCAGAGCUCGGGAAAGAGCCCGGAUACUGGACAUGUCCUCCAUGAAAACCAACAUCUCCCAGGCUUAUGUUAUUAGCCACCCGGAAGCCUGCUCCAACCGAGAGAUCUUCCUGUUGGUUCUCAUCUUUAGUAGCCCCCAAAACCUAUCCAGGCGCAACGCAAUUCGGAAAACAUGGGGCAACGUGACCCACAUCCAAAGUUACACCGCUCUGAUCUUGUUUGUGUUGGGCAAGCCGUCUUCACCUACCGCCCAAGUGGAGGUCAUCAAAGAAUCAAGCCAACAACAGGAUCUAAUCCAAGGAACCUUUCUUGAUACCCCUGAGAAUCAGACACUGAAGAUCAAGAGGGCUAUAGAGUGGACCGUAACUUUUUGUCCCGAGGCCAGGUUCAUUCUCAAAGUAGACGAGGACAUGUUUGCCAACCUCCAAACCUUGGUUGAAUAUUUGCUCAACUUAAGAACUCAUCCUGAGGACAUCUAUCUUGGAAGGGUGAUUCACCCGAACGUCCCCAACAAAGAAUUCAGCAACGGCAGUUUGACCUCCGUAAAAAAAUAUCCUGGAUGGUAUUAUCCCAACUACUGCAGUGUCACGGCCAUGGUCAUCUCACAAGAUGUUGCUCGGAAGAUCUACGUAACUUCUAGGGAAGUUCCUCCUUCCCUGCCCCCUGGCAUUUUUGUGGGCGUCUGUGCAAGGGCAGCCGGCGUGGUGCCUAUGCAUAGCUCUCGGUUUUCCGGGGAGAGACGUAUCUGGUACAACCGAUGCUGCUAUAAAUAUAUUUUCACUUCCACGGUGUCAGAGACCAGCCAGCUUCUCCAAGAAUGGGAGGAAAUGAAAGGCGAUGAAGACUGUACCUUACUGGAAACCUAUUAUGGGCUGGUAUCCUGCAAAAUCAUGACGUAUCUAGACGGGUUGAAAGAUUCCAACGUCAACGCCGUUCAGAAAGAGCCCCUGUAUUUUUCCGAUUAGAAGAAUCAAAUAUAAUAGUAUCUCCGUUCGACUUUCUCACAGGCCUACACCCGAUCUUAUGUAUUGGUAUUGUGACGCUUUAGCAUCCUUCUGUGGCUUUGCAUGUGUGGAGGUUGUCCUCGGCUUACGACCGCAAAAUUUAUGCUGCUAAGUAAGGAUUUUGUCAAGUGAGUUUUACCCCAUUUUAUGACGUUUCUCUUUGCCUUUGUUAAGCGGAUCACGGCAGUUCUUUUAUUAGUGACGCGGUUGUUAAGUGAAUCUGGUUUCCCGGUUGACUUUGCUGGUCGGAAGGUCUCAAAAUUGU